CCCAAGCAGGUCGUGGGUCAGGGGGAUGUACCGAUGGACUAGUGUUUCUCACAUGGAUGUAUGAAGACCGCUCUGUGGUUCAGAUGACAGUAACAUUAAUUACUCUGCAGUCAUGCUUCCUCGGGUGGGUAAAGAGUUUCUCGUCCGGAUGCAGUUCAACUGGCGGCCGCUUUUCCAAGGCCGAGCCCUGUUGCUCACAAAUACCCUGAGCGGAGGGGUAUUAUUGGCACUGGGAGACAUCGUGCAGCAGAGCCGGGAGAACUUAAAGAAGCCAGGCAGAGUACGAGACUGGAGGAGGACAGGCUGCAUGUUCACGGUGGGCUGCUCCUUAGGUCCUUUGCUGCACUACUGGUACAUCUGGCUGGAUGGAGUAUUUGUGGGCAAAGCUCUGAAAACAGUGGGCAAGAAGGUUCUGGUGGACCAGGUGGUCGCCUCACCGUUUUUGGGGAUGUGGUAUUUUGUAGGUAUGGGUCUCAUGGAGGGACACACCUUAUCAGAAGGAUGGACGGAGUUUAAAAACAAGUUCUGGGAAUUUUAUAAGGUGGACUGUUGUGUUUGGCCUCCCGCUCAGAUGAUCAACUUUUACUUCCUCUCGCCCAAAUUCCGUGUUGUGUACAUUAACUUUAUCACCAUAGGGUGGGACACCUACCUCUCCUACCUCAAACACAGAGAUGACAGCCAACCCUCUGAGCUGCUAUCAGACAGCAGGGAUGUUGAUGUUCAGCAGGAAGCACUCACGUCCUCCAAACCUCUGGAGGAGAAACCUUAAAGAAGGAGUUCAUGCUCAAGUGUGAAGUCGUUCAUCGGAGGCAAAAGAACAUUUUUGCGUUUUUUCUAUGCUCAAACUUCUUUUCUGUCUUUGCAAAAUGUUCCAAGAGUUAAAAGGAAGGUCAUGUUUCCUCUGAUGAACCUUUCCUCUCUCAAGUUUAAAUCAGCCACAUUUCUGUCUGAGCUCAGUGGAGUUUAAGGAUGUUUAGGUGAAAACGCGGUACACUUUUCUCUUUAUGUCUGUAGAGUUUUAUUGUGUCUCUGUCCAGUGUGUCUGUAUACUUAUAUCUGAAACGUACACUCCUGUAGGAACAUUCAGGGAUGAAAAGCUGUUUAACUGCCUCUCAUGCUUAUAAUUCUGAUGAUAGUUUUUUUUUUUUUUUUAUCACAUCAGCAUAAUAGUGACUGCGGCCAUUAACAAAACCUUCCUGAAGGCAUUUAAAUGUUAGUUAGUUGUUGCAAGUUUUAAGUGUGAAACUACAAGAUUUUAAACUGUCCAAUAUCAAAAAGUGGCAUUCCUUUAUUUUUUUUUGCUGUGAAUGUUUCUGGUAUGAGAUGAAAGAAUCAGAAUGCUGUGAAACAGCUGCUUUGAUUAUUCUCUUUAAUAUUAACCUGUAUAAACUUUGCCUUGAUUUGUAGAUCAGUACUAUGUUUUGAUGCCAAAUAACUUUGUCUUCAGCUUAUCCGUUUGAGGUAUUUAUAAAAAAAAUUGCACGAUGAUGAUUAUGUGCUUAAAGAAAAUCUGUGACAGUAUUUAAAUCAAACCUGAUUUAAGACAGGCUGAAGAAAUUAUUUUAUUUUUAGCAGAAGUUUUAUACCUUGGACUUUAAAUGUGACUUGCUAUACUGUACUAAUUAUAUAUCUCCAGCUGCUAUUUUUUUAAUGAAUAUCUAAAUAUAUAAAUUGUGUCUAAA